AUGAGAUUCAGGGAACGGCUGAGACUCCACUUCCGAAAACAGAAACCACUACCACCUAGGCAGCAAAAUGCGAAUCAAAGGUUAUGGGAGCAAUACCGUAAACUCAAAGGUGAAGAAGGCCUGACAUUGAUCGAUGAAACAGGUAAUGAUAUAGAGCCAGAGCAAGCUAGGACACUGCUACGAGCAAUGCUGUAUGAGAGGUGGAGCAAGGCAGAAGACUCAUACAUACCAGCAAAGAGAGAAGCGACAGCAUAUCUGGACCAACCGCCACAUACUGGGGAGAUCGAAGCGGCCAUAAAAGCCAUUAACAAGAAAGCAGCUACGGGACUGGACGGAAUACCAGCAAGACGCGUCAACCAGAUACCAAUCGACGAUUUGCAGCAAUUCAUCCGGCUUGUCUGGAUAAAUACAAAACUGCCACGCCAACUGGUAGACAUGAAGGUGAAACCCAUACCGAAAUCGCUACCACGGACUACCGUUGGAAAUACGCGACCCAUCACCAUCCCAUCGACAGUGAUGAAGAUCAUCAACCAA